UGCCUGACGUUAAAAAACUUGUCUGCGUUGGAUUGUUGGAGUCGGAGGUCGGAUUGAUCCUCUUUUAUUUUCUGUGAAGUGACUGAAAACUGGUUUCGCAUUUUCACGAGGAUGACCAUAAUAGUGUUUUUAAUCGACACGUCCGCAUCCAUGUUCCAGCGCACCUACAUCGGUGGCCGCACUACCUUGCUGGACGUUGCCAAAUCGGCCGUGGAAACAUUCGUCAAGAUACGGCAACGUAGCAUCGAUAGCAGGAUAGACCGAUACAUGCUACUAACUUUCGAGGAAAGCCCCAACAAUAUCAAGGCAGGUUGGAAAGAGAAUUUGGCUACAUUCAUGAACGAACUGAAAAAUCUGCAGUGUUAUUCGUUAACGACGAUGGGCGUUGCCGUAAAACAAGCCUUUGAUAUACUGAAUAUUAAUCGAAUGACUUCAGGGAUUGAUACCUAUGGACAAGGACGGUGCCCCUUUUUUCUGGAAACUGCCGUUAUAGUUUUAAUUACCGAUGGUGGAAAAUUAACCACCAUAAAUGGGGUUCAGGAGGAAUUUAAUUUGCCCAUGACUUCUCCAAUCCCUGGGUCCGAGUUAACUCGUGAGCCUUUCAGGUGGGACCAACGUCUGUUUGCUUUAGUAUUGCGGCUUUUUGGAACUCCAGCUGUUGAAAGGGAUACAGGCUUGGUGCCAAGCGACAGUAGCCCUAUUGACGCCAUGUGUGAGGUUACCGGUGGACGAUCAUACUGCAUAACGUCACACAGGAUGCUCAAUCAAUGUAUAGAUAGUUUGGUUCAAAAGGUCCAAAACGGCGUCGUGAUAAAUUUUGAAAAAAUCGGACCCGACCCGCCGCCACCGCAGUUCGAGAAGGAAGACGGCAAAGAGGACGUCGCGGAAUUGUCCGAAACUGACAAAAAUUCCAUAUCUGUGCCGCAGAACACAUUGUGGCACAACUGUAGGCGGAUGAUUUACGUGCCCAAAACCAGUAAGUCUUACUGUGUCGGUUUCUGGCCAAUACCGGAAUCUUUCUGGCCCGAGCUUACGGCUUCGGUGCUGCCGUCUAGGUCCGCCCAUCCGAACGUGAAAUUCACGUGCACCAACUCUGAGCCGUUGGUCAUUGAAAAUCUUCCGUUCGAUAAGUAUGAACUCGAACCAUCGCCGUUGACUCAGUAUAUUUUGUCGCGGAAACAGCCGAAAACUUGUUGGCAGGUAUUUGUCGCGAAUAGUUACAAAAACUCGGAGGUGGGUCACCCGUUCGGGUACCUCAAGGCGAGCACCAACUUGAAUUGCGUUAACCUCUUUGUGAUGCCAUAUAACUAUCCCGUUCUGCUGCCUUUGCUCGACGAGUUGUGCAAGGUUCACAGAUGGAAACCGACGAAUGAGUGGCGCACCGCGUUCCAAAAUUACACGCGGACUCUGCCGAAUUAUUAUGCCGGUCCAUUACGGAGGGCUCUCACGCGCAUGGGCACGCCGGUGGCGCUGGCGCAAACGCUCAUCCCCGAGACGUCCGAGAGCUGCCUCAGCUAUUCUGUACAGAAUUACCUGAAACGUGUGAAGAACCAAGCGAAAAUCGAGUACGACAAGCUGUGUAGCGAGAUUAUCCAGCGACAAGCUACCACGAGCAGCCUGAAGGUGAUGUUCAGCAGUCCUGAACAAAUUCGCGUGGUGCCGAAGGUGACGAUGCGCAAGGAACUUAUCAGUCACCCGAUGCUCCAGGACAAGUUCCAGACGCAAAAGGAUCAGAUCGUCGAGCAGGGCGGCACGUUUGUCACGACGCUGGACAAAGAACGACAGACAGUCAGCUUUAGGAACCCGUUCGAUAUACCGCGCAACCGGCUCGUGCAGCAGGUGGUCCGAAUGCGGAACAAUUUCCUGCAACCAGACUGGAUCUCGCAGGACCUGGACAGCGCGCAUUCGUUGCCGAUCGCGCAGAUGGGCAACUACCAAGAGUACCUCAAGAAGCAGACGCCGCAGCUGAGGGAGAUCGAGUCGGCGCCGGUCCGACAGCACAUGUUCGGCAAUCCGUUCAAGAUCGACAAAAGAAUGAUGGUCGACGAGGCGGACAUCGAUUUGGUGGGUUCACCAGGUGCGACCGGCCGCAACAACAAGAGGCCGAGCCUGAUUGUAGAUGGGGGCGUCGGUGGUGCUGGUGGAGUCGGUGCUCGGUUGCCGUUCAAACGCAAACCGGGACCUUUGCCGAAAAAUUACAGCGUGCGGCGGCCGAGUGGGACAGCGCCGUCGGACGUUUCGGCCCCGCCCUCGCCCCAACCGUCAGCGGUACCGUGGUUGCCGGUCUCGGAGAAGGAAUCGUCGCCGAGUGCCGAAGAGACCGCGGCGGCUGCUGCGCCUGGGGGCGGUUCCAUUGCGGUGACAGCGGGAGUGGCAACCGUCAACGGAUUGGACGCGCAGGCGCCGUUGCCGGGCGACGAGCGGUCGAGGUCGCCGUCUCCUACGCUCGAGAUGCCGACGUAUGGCGAUUUUGUGGUCCGAGGCGCCCCUCGCUCCUGCAAUUAUUCCUCGUCGUCAACGUCGAACGCGGAGGUAGGCGCGGCCGCUUCUCUAGGCGAUUUUUUCACGGGUCUCAUGUCCAUCGAGACUACCGACCGGCAGAUAUCCCAGAUCCUGAAGGAGACGACAUACGGGAGCGGCGACAUAGGCCUCGCGGCUGACGCGGAAGGCGUGGUUUCUGCCGCUUCCCCCGCCGCUGCUCUCGCCGUCGACUACAAGCCCAAAUUCCAAACGGCGGGAAAGGAGGAAGAAAAGGAAGAAAUCGACAGUCAAAAUUUCGAAAUACGGCGGAAGCUCAAUCGGCUGGUACGGAAACCGGGGAAAAAUUUCGCCGAACUUUUCGAGACGCUCGGCACCCUGAAGGGGGACGUCGACAUGCAAAUCGAAAUCGUCAAGCUAGUACUAAAAGAGUGCCUGAGAUUCAAGAGGCAACACCUUGCGAGUCUGCUCGAAGAGCACGUACAGACGAUGACCAGUGUCGACACCAAGUGACCCGGUUGCGCACUAGCUGUAAAUAAUUUCGCAAUUUACAUUAUGAUUCUGUUUUUUCUUAAUUAAAAUUUUAAGCUAUUCCGUUGCCUUUUUAAAUAAUUUAU